UCACACGCCUCUCUCACUCUCUCUCUCUCUUUCUCUGUAGUUUUAAGAGCGUUACCACUUCAGCCAACAUCCUGAAGCAGGCCACACUGCACUCCACCUCUGCUCUCCCCCUCUCCUUCAGACCAACGCAUGGACUCCAGCAGCUUGAAAAGACGAGCCCGAGGCAUGCAACUUUUUUAAAACCGCAGAUAAAUAGUGGAACUUUGUUGUUGGCUUCCUGGGUAGCGCUACAUGUGCCGGGUGAGUGUUGGACUUUCAGUGUAAAACAAUCCCUCUGUUUCCUGUGUGUGUGUGUGUGUGUGUGUGUGUGUGUGUGUUUGUCUGUCCUCCUGCAAACCAGCGGGAGCAUGAAUUGGCCUCAAGAGGACUAUUGAUGCAACAGCAAAGAGGGAGAGUUGCCAAAUAAGGAGAAGUAAAAGUUAUAAAACAGACAGUGGAGCAGCAGUAGGAGUUGGACUGAAAAGACAGGAAAGGAGAAAUCUGAAGGAUUAAUAACUAAAAAAAAAAAACAGUGCUCCUAUUGCACCCUCUUCCCUCCCUCCCUUUUUGAUUUUUCCUUGCCCUGAUAUGGGCCGCUUGCUGGCCUUGACCUUUGCCUACCUGGCCUACCUGUUGGCCAAUGCCAUCGCCUCACAGCGCCAGCAGCACCGCGUGCAGCAUGGCCCCUGCAGCUACACAUUCAUUCUCCCAGAGGUGGAGCACUGCCAACCCGUAAAGGACUUCCAGGUGACCAAUACCCUGCAGAGCGACUCGCCGCCUGAGGCCAAGCCAAGUCCGUCCAAGCAAAGUCGGGCCCAGGAGGACAGGCCUUCAUGGCAGCAGAGGAAGCUGGAGACUCUGGAGAGUGCCAUGGAGAACAACACGCAGUGGCUGCAGAAGCUGGAGAACUUCAUCCAGGAGAACGUUCGCUCUGGCAUGGAGGAAAUUAAGAGAUCUUCCGUGCACACGCAGACAGCUGCCAUGCUGGAGAUGGGAACGAACCUCCUUAGCCAAUCAGCAGAGCAGACUCGCAAGCUGACAGAUGUUGAGACCCAGGUAUUAAACCAGACAAGUCGCCUGGAGAUCCAGCUUCUUGAGUACUCACUUUUUACCAACCGUCUGGAGAAACAUAUUCUCCUCCAAACUCAAGAGAUCUCACGCCUCAGUGAUAAAAACAGCUUUUUGGAACAAAGGCUUUUAGCUUUAGAAGCUCGAUACGGGAAGGAGCUCCAGGGUUUGCAGAAUGAAAAGCAGCAGCUUCAAGAUCUUAUGGAAAGGCAGAGUCGACUGGUCAGUCAGCUUCAGGGUGAACUCGGAAGCUCGACCCUCAACAGCACCUCACUGCAGAGACAGCAGGCUGUGCUCACAGACACCGUGCAGCAGCUGCUCACAAAAGUCCAUCAGUGCAACGAAAUCUCAAACGAGCCCAAGAACGACCCACUUACUUUCAGAGACUGUGCUGAGAUCCUGCGAUCUGGAGUGAAAGAAAAUGGCGUGUAUACCAUACGCCUACACAACACUACUCAGGAUGUCAAGGUGUUUUGUGACAUGAAGACCAAAGGUGGGGGGUGGACGGUGCUGCAGCAUCGGAGAAAUGGCUCUAUCGAUUUCCAUCGCGGGUGGAGUGACUACAAAAUGGGCUUUGGAGAGCCGUCGGGGGAGCACUGGCUGGGGAAUGAUAUCAUCUACAAGCUGACCAGCUCCCAGGAAUACAGCCUGCACAUCCAGCUCAAAGACCGGGAGGGGAAUGAAGCCUUCUCACUUUACGAUCGCUUCUACAUAGACGGCGAGGAUAACAACUACAGCCUUCACGUUGAGGGGUUCAGCGGAACAGCCGGCAAGACCAGCAGCCUCACGCACACCGGAAGCCAGUUCAGCACCAAGGACAGAGACAACGACCGCUGCACCUGCAAGUGCUCACAGCUCGCGUCAGGAGGAUGGUGGUUUGAGGCUUGCGGUCCAUCUAACCUGAAUGGCAUAUAUUACCCUGCUUCGUCAAAUGUUAUCCGCUACAAUGGCAUUAAGUGGUACUAUUGGAAAGGUCCCAAUCUGAUGGCCACCAUGACAACUAUGAUGGUGCGCCCCACUCACUUCUGAUUUCAUGGCUUGUCCUUUAAUGACAGACUGCAAACUGAAAGACGGUGCAGACUGAUUUUAUGAACAGGAAGAUAUAUAUUGUAUAUGAGCUGGAAAAAAAUGUCCUCCAUUCAAAACAGCCUUAGAAUUUAUUGGUCCGUUUUAUUGAAAACAACUGCAUGGGUGAGUCUGCAAAUUAUUGUGAGUGACUGUUUCUUCACAAAGCACUUCAAAACUUGUCACCACAUUGGACUCUUGGUGAUGAAAAAAAUAUAUAGGACACAAACUUUUUGUACAAAAGCUUCAAAUAUUUUAUUUCAGGUCGUUAAAGAUGUUUAUGAGGUAACCGUGUUGGUUUAGGAAUCCUAACAAUGUGAGUAGGGUGGGGUGGGUACUGUUUAAGUAUUGUGUAAAGCAUAUUGUUUUGCCAUGUUUACAUUACAACAUUUUGUAGUUUGACAAGGUCUCAUUUUGGAAUGCAGAGUUGUCAUUUUGAGUUUUACUUUUUUAUGUGCUUAUUGUACAUUCCAAAAAAGCAAAUUCUUUAAUAAUUACACAAGUUUGUAUAAUACGUCUUGCCAAAUAACUGUGGUUCCUGCUAAUUCAAAUCGAAGAAACCCACAAACCACUAACCAAAAUGUAAUUUCAGGCUAAACAAUAAUGUUUGUUGUGGGUUUUGAGGCACAAGUUACUCAGCUAUAUUCACUCCUUUUGGACAAUAAAGACUUUUCAUAGGAUUUAUUUCCUUUUGACUAGAAAGAGGCCAAGGUUCAUUGAGCUCGUUGUGAAUGGCAUAAAGCCUUAGGUCAAGGUAAGGCCCCGUUUACACAGAGCUGGUUUUCUGUGAAACCGUAGCUAUUUUGUUGCUUAUUUACACGUCACCAGCGAUCGGAGUCUCUGACACCGGCACUUUUUGAAACCAGGUCCCAGAGUGGAACUUUUUAGUUACACCCCCCUAGUUCGGAUGCAAUGGUGAUUGUGCAGACACUGCCGGAGAACAAUCAAACUCUGCACAGAAAGACCCCAGGUCCAAACCAAUGAUCAAAUCCAGGACCUUCUUUCUGUGAGGUGUCAGUGCUAACCACUGAGUCAUGCUGUCCAUGGCAUUCCAUAGCAACAUAUCCAAAAGAUCUAAAGUAUCCCAUUGUUGAACUAUAAUGGUUUAAUUACUUUAAACAGCUCAACUAUAAAAAUGUUAACUAUAGCAGCUUUGUUCUUUUAUUUCAUCUCCCAAGGAGUUUUUUUUAAAUAAAAUAACCACGUUUUUCAUAUAAAUAUUUUUUUUCAAAAACUUCAUUUGUGAAAAGUUUUGUUUAUAAAAAUGCAUCCCACAUUUCCAUUUGUGUGUUUCACAUUGUAGAAUAAAAAAAAAAGAAUGUAGUUGCAUCUGGAGGCAAAACUGUAAAUUCACUUUUGAUUUUGCUGAAAUUAUAAACUCAUAGUUGUUGGUGCGUAUAACGCAGAGUGCACCAGGUGCUUUUCUUUAUGUUAACUACAUCAACAAGCCACACAUGCUGUUGUAAGAAAGUCAAGCGAGAACCAGUUUUCGGCGCUGAUCUGAUGAAUCAUCCAAUAACACCGAUCCCUGUGGUGCCCAUUAGAACGAGGACGGUUUGCACCUCGGCUCACAGUAACCUGCAUCUGCUGGUGUGUGCGGGAGGACAGCAGUCACUGCUAAGUGGAGGAUGACUCAUGAGGGUGUCGGUCGGCCACAUCUACAGUGUCAGCUAAGCCCUGCGCUUCAUUUGCUCAAGGGAAGACUGAAAGACCUAAUCUUCUAUGUGCAAUUCAGCUCAGCUGCUGCGAAUUAAAUACAGUUGCAGAGAUGAAACAGUACAUGUAAUGCACAGUUGUGAGACAAUUCUUACUGAUUGUACCUGUAUUGUUUAUUGCAGUUGGUGUCAGAUGUAUUUGGAAAUAAUAAGUUGCCUUCUGAAAAAUGUUUUGAAAUAUAUAUUUUAACAAAAGAAAUGGAAUUUUCAUAAAAAUGCAGUAUGUGUUAAGUGCUAAAUGCUUUUUACUGAAAUGUUUUUAAAGAAAUAAAACUAAGUUGGUAGGGCUAAAAGACA